AUGGUUAAAACCACAACGAAGCGGAAAUCCGAAAGCGCACUGCCGGCCGGUACAAGCAAGCAUCGCAAGACGUCUGCCAGGACGGAAGAUGCGUCGGAUUCGGCAGUUGGAGAGUCGAGCGAUCAGCUGUUCGUUGACCAAGAGCUUGUCGCGCCCAAGCAUAUCAAGAAGAGCUCUAUGAGAACGCGCAAGUCAGAACCAGUAAAGCGCACUUCACGAUCAGAUGAAUACGAAGAAGAUGAGGGUCGCAUGGGAAGCAAGCAAUUCCUCGCAAUGGUGGAGUUCUACGGCGAGAACAAGAAGAACAUACGAGCAGCUAAAGCAGCUUCCAACUACCUGGGCACAUUGGGGAGCAAGGUUGACGAGGCAGAGGAAUCAAUAAAGAAUCGUCUCCAAGUUCUGGGCAUCGAGGCAACUAAUAAAGAUUCAGACUUCACAAAGGCCUUCCAAGAUGCAUACGCAGCAUCGCGCCCACUUCCCCAUUCCGCGAGUGAUGGAUCACAGGUGAUGGGCCAGUCGAAAGACGUCUCAUUCGCUACUUUAUUUGAGCGAAGCCAGGAAAUCAUUCAGGAUGCCAAGCUCAUCGUCGAAAAGUUUGACAAUGCUCGUCGAAAAACAUCUGGGAUCAAGACUUCGCAGUUGACGGACAACAACUGGGAGGACGAAACCAUGCAAGCUACCCAUAUUCUGGCGAUUGGACACAAAAUCGGCUUGGACAAGUACGAGACAAUGUUAAUGGGAUCUAGUGGGCCAGACAUUGAGGAGGAGGAUUCGGUCUCUGCCAACCUCAUAUACCCAAAUACUGAUGGCAACGUGUCCGUUCCCUGGGGAGGCAUUGCCAAGAAGGGUGAGAAGACAAUGCGAAAGCUGCUUAAGGCUAUUGCCAUGGAGACAGUAUAA